AUGAUCAUAGAUCUUGAACGACUUAUUUCUCGUCUUAUAAUUGAUGGUUAUCUCAAACAAGAAUUCAUUGAUCAACAACCAUCUUUAAAUAUAGCUUAUCUACGUCCGGGUAUUAAUGCUGUUCAAUUAACUUCUUCAAAUUCACAACGAUCUGGAAAUACAACAAAAAUUCAAAUUGAAUUAACAAUUCGAAUCGAACAAAUGAAUAAUACUAAUAAUAAUACAGAUGAAGAAAGAUCAAAUUCGAAGCAAAAAUCAAUUGAACAAAUUAAUGAACAAUGCUUUACUGAACUAAAAAAAGAAUUGAAAAUUAUUUUUGGUACUUCUUCUUAUUCAAAUGUUAUUUCAGAACGAACAAUUAAAGAAUUAGUUAAAUUCAUGCCUCGAUCAAAAGAGAAAAUGAUUAAAAAUGUACAUGAAGUAACAGAAGAAUUAUAUAAACAACAUGAUUUUAAUCGUUUAUUACGUAUUUUACAACGCUUUGGAAGUCAACGUGAUGAAAUUAAACGAAAAGAUUUAAUACAAAAUUCAUCAGAUAGUGAACAUGAAAUUGAUUUUUCUUUAGAUUUUACUGAUCGGUCAACCUAUGACAAAAAGCGACCAAUGGCAUCUGUCAUAACAACUACAAUUACAAAACGAAAAAGAGGACAUGGAGGUAGUUUUUAA